AUGGCUGAAAAGUCAUAUCGCCAAUUGUCGACUCCGGACGGCACUACCCCAAUCAACGAAAAGCCCAUCCAAGAAACCAACGCUGCUCCGAAAAAUGCUCCUGAUGACCAUGAGUAUCCCGGGACGUUGUCUCUUGUGGCUAUUAUGACAGCGUUGUACCUUGCCAUUUUUCUCGUUGCUCUAGAUCGAACUAUUAUCGCUACAGCAAUUCCACGUAUCACCGACGACUUUCAUGCGCUGAACGAUAUAGCCUGGUACGGUAGCGCCUACCUCCUCACCAGCUGUUCAUUCCAGCUGCUCUACGGCCGCAUCUAUACAUUCUACAGCCCGAAGUGGGUAUUCCUUGCAGCCAUCAUCCUAUUCGAAGUCGGGUCUGCUAUUUGCGGUGCGGCGCAGACAUCUACAGCUUUCAUCGUCGGCAGAGCUAUUGCCGGCUUGGGCUCCUGCGGUAUCUUCUCCGGAUGUAUUGUGAUCAUCACCGAUGCUGUACCGUUGCAAAAGCGUCCGAUGUAUACCGGAUUAAUGGGUAGUCUGUUUGGUAUUGCCUCUGUCGUGGCACCAUUAAUGGGAGGCGCUUUUACGGAUAAUGUAACGUGGAGAUGGUGCUUCUAUAUCAACUUGCCCAUUGGUGGUAUCACGAUCUUGGUGAUCCUGUUCAUUUUGAAGGCCUCGCCACCACCAAAUCCUAGCCCAGCAAACAGCUGGAAGGAGCGACUCCAUCAACUCGAUCCAUUCGGCACAGCGACUUUUCUUCCAGGUAUGAUUUGUCUGCUCCUAGCGCUGACGUGGGGAGGCGAGACUUACCCUUGGAACAAUGGACGUAUUAUCGCCUUGUUUAUCCUCUCUGGUGUACUCCUGAUCGCCUUCGUGUUGAUACAAGCAUGGAAAGGAGAGACCGCCUCGGUUCCCCCUCGAAUCGCAAAGAAGAGAACCAUGAUGGCAGGCUUCUUUUUCACCUUCUGCCUGGGUGGCAGUAUGAUGGUUGUUGUAUAUUACCUUCCUGUCUGGUUCCAGGCUAUCAAAGGGGCGAGCGCAGUGAAAUCGGGUAUUAUGAACAUUCCGUUGGUCUUAUCUCUCGUUCUCGGAUCGAUUAUUGCUGGAGCUUCCGUUACAAACCUUGGCUAUUUCACUCCGUUUAUGAUUGCUGGCAGUGUUGUAAUGUCUAUCGGUGCCGGGUUACUCACCACAUUCACUACGACGACCGGACACAGCAAGUGGAUUGGGUAUCAAGUCAUUCUAGGGCUUGGUAUCGGUAUGGGCAUGCAACAGAGCAGCGUUGCUGCGCAGACUAUCCUAGAGCGAAAGGACGUCCCGACAGGUGCAUCGAUAAUGAUGCUGGCACAGUCUCUGGGAGGAUCAAUCUUCCUCGCAGUCGCGCAAACAAUUUUCACAAACGGCCUUUCUGACAAUUUACGAACCGAGGUCCAGGGUCCGGACGCCCCAGACAUCAUAAAUUCAAUAAUCGCAGCUGGCGCAACUGGAUUCCGCAGUCUGCCAGAGCUCACUUCUGAGAACCUCGCGGCCAUUUUGAGUGCUUAUAAUAAGGCUCUCACGAACACUUUCUACGUCUGCGUGGGACUUGCAAGUGCUUCCAUUAUCGGAGCUCUUGCGACGGAAUGGGUCAGUGUUAAGAAACAAAAGCACGACAAACAAGCUAAUUUGAAGCAAGUGGAGGGAAGUUGUGAGCUGGAUACUUUGGAGAAGCAAAAGGAAUCAGUUUGA